CGCCAUCGCCCCCUGCCGCGCCCCGCCGGCACCGCAACAAUGGCGGCCCCCCCGUGAGCCCGACCCGACCGCCGCUGCCGUGGAGUCUGGAUAAGAGCUGUCAGGAGAGCUUUUUAGCCAUUUUGAGGCUGAGUGAUAGCAAUCUCGAACCACAGUUUUAGAGGAGUGGCACCAAAAAGCCUGUUGUUAAUGCUGAGUGCUUUACAGGACAAGGAACACUCCCUGCUUCCUCAGCUGCCUGACAAUCAARCCAUAGAUACUGACCUUCAGUCCAAAUACGGGAGGAAAAAUGCCAGCUUCUCUAAGAAAACUGCAGCAAAUGGCUGUUUUCAUGGGACUGUUCAGUGGUGGGGGAUUCAUCGUGAUGUAUAAUCUUAUGCAAAAAAGUUUUGCCAGGACCCAGUAUUACCAGCAGGCUUUGGAGCAUCUGAACAGCAAUCCUGAUGUCCUGGAAGCCCUGGGUGCCCCCCCUCUUAAGGUUCACAACAUCCGACUAACAGAUGGGAGCAAUCGCGUGGACACAGAAAGAGCACGGAUAAAGUUACCAGUUUCUGGAACAAAAUCAGCUGGAUAUCUCUACAUUAACGCAGAGAUGGACCACUCCCGUCAGUGCUGGUGCCUUCAGGAUGUCACCUUGAAACUGCGGGAUGGUCAGAAUAUUCCUGUUUACCACUCUCCAGUGGAAAGCAUUGGUGUUUAAGGAGGCUAAAAAUCAGAGACAGCUGCAUUUCCACCUCCCAUUGAGCCAAAGGAGCCAUUAAUCGAUUGCAUCCUGCUGAGUCUGUGAAUGUACACAGUUGUCACAAGUGACAGUUUCACUUAAGCAGGUGCUCUUAAGACAAUUUUCUCUCUAAGAUUGACCUCAUAAUUGUUGUAAUUGUAAUUUCUGUCUUUUGCUGGUUUAUUCAUGUGUUUAACAGAAGCAUAAAAUAAAUACMUUGCAAAAGAGUUGCUGUUCCACAGAAGUAAUGUGUUAGGCCCUGUAUGUGCUGGUAUUAUAAAUUUGAAAUAAAUAAACAAACUGCCGUGAAACUGAGCUUUGUUUUACAUUUGC